CGAUUGGCGCGUGACAGAACGAGACGGACGUUUGCGUGGCGGAGAAGGAAGAAGAGGUCCCGAAGCAGAAGACAACGAUCGCCAUUUUUCUUCUGACAUUUACUACUGUAGCUGGAUAGCUGCUGCGGCUUGCACUGCUCCGCAGUGCUUAUCCGUCGUGUGGUGAUUAGUGUGUGCCUCUCUCUCCCCCUCUUCUCUAUCGCUUCCGAAGGGUGAAUCGACGACGACGGUAACGUGGAGAAGGAGAGGUAGAGGAAGAAGGAGACGGUGGUGGAGGGAGCGGCGACGACGACGGGGCGGCGGCGACGGCGACGACGACGGCGGCGACGGCACCUGGAUGGUCACUGUGUAGUGCGCAUUAAGAUAAGAGUGCAGAGAUAACGAUAAGACGAACGAUCAAACGUCAGUGAUAGAUCGUGACGGCAACGGCAGCGGCGACAUCGGUGGCAGAGGCAGAGGAAGAGGAGGAGGAGGAGGAAGAGGAAGAGGAAGAAGAAGAAGAAGAAGAAAAGGAGGAGGUGGAGCAGCAGCAGCAGCAGCAGCAGUUGUGUGACGGGCGUUCUCGCGCAAACGAUCCAGUCAUCUGUUGUGUACGGCGCGAGAAAAGAGAAUUCGCAGUUUUGACGGCCCGUCCGAGAAUAUUGACGAGGUGACGGUCACGGGGAGUCGCGGCGGUAACGACGACGGUAAGGACAAGGACGACGAGGACGACGGCACGCUAUCCCCGCGUACGACGGCCCGUCAACGCGGCAGGAGGCAUCGCUCGUCCAGGUGCCGCGUAGAUUCCCCUCUCGCCCCCGCGACGACGACGACGACGACGACAACGACGAGGUGGGGCAUCGUGCUCGUCGUUGCUAAUCGUAUUGCCGUGCACGGUGAACACGGUCACGCGCCACCGCGUACGUCGGCAGCAGCGCCACCGGGAUGGAGAGGCGAGCCGCUUUUGUGCUGCUGGGGAUGCUAUAUUUAGCGGUGGGCACCCUCGUCACGGUCCAAGCAGUGCAAUAUAAGGGACCGAUGAUCGUGCGCGAGGGACAAUCUUGGAUCAUCGAGUGCAGCGAUUUGAAGAACGAUGAACUCGUUAGAUGGACCAGGAAUGGUCAAACGUUGGAACCUGAGUUGUCCAGUGGUCAGCUAAUUGUCCAUUCAAAGACCGACACCGGUAGCAGCAAACUCUCGGCAUCCCAGGCGACUGAGAGUCACGAAGGAGAUUACAAAUGCACCUCUGGCAGUCAGGAGUCUUUCCACUUGUCAUUAUACUUUGAUAUUAAGAUUAGAGUACUUACGGUCAGAGACAUACCUUUGGUGCUUGAAUGCGCAAACAGAAGCACCAGCGAUAAAGUGAGUUGGUUGAAGGAGAAGACACCAAUAAAACUGGCGUUUGCUGAUAACGAAGAUAUCAUCAGGAUUGAUAAUGAGACUGGUAGCCUGGAAAUUUUAAAGGAUAAGGAGGAAGCUCAUGGAAAUUAUACUUGUAAAGCGGCUAACUCCACAACCGAGUACAGAGUCGUACCAAGGCCAAUGGCGCAUCUGGUUGAAUCUAUCAGUGUGACGGAGGGUGAAAGUCUAUUCUUGGUGUGCGGCGGUAAGCAGAGUCCCGGCGUUAAGAUAUACUGGACCUUUGGGGAUCAAAAUUAUUCGAGUAGCGACGGUCGCGUGAAGAUCACUAAAGACCCAGACAGGGGUAUUCAAGGCGCCGUUCUGACUGUCGAAAACAUCGAGAUGAACGAUCGCGGUAAUGUUAUCUGCAGAAUGUCGUAUAACUGGUCUGAUCCCGUAUUGGAACAUUCAUCAGAGGCCAAGACAUUCCUCAGGGUGAAGGACAAGCUUGCCGCACUCUGGCCUUUCUUAGGCAUUUGUGUGGAGGUUGUCGUUCUAUGCGCCAUUAUUCUAGUGUACGAAAAGAAGCGGAACAAAGCCGAACUUGAGGAAUCCGAUACCGAUCAAAGCCCUGAUACCAAACCAACACCCAACAAGGAAUCCGAUGUCAGACAGAGGAAGUGAAACAGCAAAUAAUUGAAUUAGAACGAUACGAUUAAAGUUGGAGAACGGGUCGUCAUGUGUAGAGAGCUGUAAUGGAAAUCUGUAAAGACAACGGAACACGGCUUUUGAAUGAGAGAGAGAAAGAUGUGUCGUCAUAAAUGUGGAAUAAAUACUGCAAAAUGGACAGCAGCGAGCUUGAGUGGGCCAUUCAUAGUGCGCACCUGUGUGAAAACAGGCUUGUGCAACAGAUGCGUACAGAGCAAGAUCACACAAGUUACUAACAAAUUAAAUUAAGCCUUAUUACGGGAGUGUUCACUCCGUUUAUCAGAUGUUCGCCUGUUCGUAUUCUUUAACUACACUGCUUUAAUCGAGAGAUGUGUCGAGUUAUGUACAAGUGCCGAUGAUGACACGAGUGCGUGCCAGGGAAUGGAGAGUAUGGGUGUGUGAUUGUGUGUGUGUGUGUGUGUAAGUGUGUAUGUCUAUGUGUGUGAGAAAAAGAGAAGGUGGGUGAGAGAGAGAGAGAGAGAGGGAGAGAGGGGAGGGGGGGGAAAUAAUGCAUAUAUGAGUGACAAGCUAACAAAUAAACAGAGAGUUGAAAAAAAGAGAUAAAAUACAGAGAUAAAAUGGUGUACCCAUCGAGCGGGAAUACGAUCGCAAUUACGUCUAAUUUCUUACAAAACGCUUCGAGGUGCAUUCUAACAAGCACUAGUUCAAUCACGCGUUUAUUCGUCACAAACAUCGCUCUAUUGUCUCGCGCGGCGUUUGCAUUCGCGUUCGUGGGUAUGCUACAUAUUAGAUUCGCAUAGAACUCGUUUCUCAAACUUCGCACGUGUGACCGAAGGAAAAAAUUUUAUGGUAGAGCCGAACAUAUGUGCUCGAUGCUAGUUAUAUAAUAAUAGGAACGCGGGCAGUGCGUGCCACAAUUGACUUUCGGAUGUAUGCUCGCGUACUUUUAAAGAUCGCAAGAGAGAAAGAGAAAUUGAGAGAGAGAGAGAGAGAGAGAGAGAAAGGAGGGAGAGAGGGGGAAGAAAAUGAGAAAGGAGAGAGAGCUUAUAUUUGGCGUCGUCUUAUAUUCCAUCGCUCGUGAAGAUAUCCCGGAAGUCUGGCUGCACGCGACGCCGUUGUUAAUGACAUUAAUGUAAUUAAUACUGUAAUAUUAUUGCCAUCGUUACUACUGCUGCUACAUCUAUAGUUAUUAUAAUUAUUACAAGUAUUAUAUCGUUAAUUUUAUCACUA